AUGGAGGAGAUCAUGAAGGUGAAGGUCCCUCCAAAAUUCAAGCUACCCACGGUGAAACAAUUCGACGGGACAGUCGACCUAGUGGACCAUCUAGAUGCUUAUCGAGAAUGGAUGGAUAUCUAUGGGGUGUCAGAGGCCGUCAAAUGUCGGGUGUUCUCGACCACAUUAAGCGGGUCAGCCAGAGUGUGGUUUCGACAAUUAAAACGAGGUUCAAUUUCGAGCUUCAAAAGCUUGGCUAAGGCAUUCGUAACCCAGUUUAUAGGGGGACGAAGUCGGAGCCGACCCGUGGCUUAUCUUCUAACUAUUAAACAGAGAGCGACAGAGAGCCUACACGACUAUGUGGCUCGAUUCAACGAGGAAAAGCUACAGGUGGAGGGCCUCACAAACGCUGUAUCUCUAAUGGCCUUCAUGUCCGACAUCAGGGAUGAGCACUUAUCAUUCUCAUUCGGGAAGAAGACACCGAGCACCUUCUCGGAGGCGCUGAGCCGAGCUCAGAAGUACAUGAGCGCGGGUGAGUUCUUUUUCUCAAAGAGGGAGCCAGAAGGAAAACAAUCCGACCAGAAUAGAGAGAGGUCGGGAGAUAAGCCACAAUGGUCGAGAUGGGAGAAAAGAGAUCGGAGUACCAGAAAGAUCCACCCCGAAAAUUUGAAAAAUAUACGCCAACUACCGUUCCACUCGAGCAAGUACAAUGGAGAUCAAAGACCAAAGGUUGUUCAAAUGGCCAGAGAGGAUGAAGACACCUCCGCCUAA